AUGGUAUUCCGCGCCGCUUCAAUUCGGUCGGCCGACCCUCAGCGCUGUCCGAAGCCCAACCCACGUGGGCUACCAGACCACGGGCCCAACAGCUACCGUCGCACGGUGAACAGUUUCUCGCAGAGCGCCAGCAGCCUGUUCGGCGAGGACAACGUGCGCGUCGCUCAGAAGUUCUUGACCAAGCUGACCGAGAGGUUCGUGUUGGGAGUGGAUAUGUUCAUAGAAGUGCUGUGGAAAGUUUGGACGGAGGUUUUGGGUGUUUUUGGACUUGACGUCGCUAACCUGUCGCAGUACUUCAGCCCAGCCUCGGUGGCCAACAGCCCGGCCCGUGCCCUCCUGGCGAUUGGCGUCGUCCUCCUGGCCUACUGGUUCCUGUCCUUCGUCCUGGGCCUCGCCUUCAGCAUCCUGCACAUGCUCUUUGGCCGCUGCUUCUGGUUCGUGCGGGUCCUGCUCUUCUCCAUGUCGUGCGUGUAUGUCCUGCAGAAGUACGAGAGCGAGCCCGAGAACGCCGUGCUGCCCCUGUGCCUCGUGGUGGCCGUGUACUUCAUGACUGGGCCCAUGGGCUUCUACUGGCGCGGCAGCCCCAGCAGCCCGAGCGUGGAGGAGAAGUUGGAGCACCUGGAGAGCCAGGUCAGACUGCUCAACAUUCGCCUCAACAGGGUGCUGGAGAGCCUUGACUGCUCCAAUGACAAAUGACGGUUCCCCGGCGGCCAGCCAGGCCCCCUGUCACCAGCGCACGCCCUUGGAAAAAGACAAAGAAGAAAGAAAGGAAGAAAGGACCCCAAACAAUCUCAAUAAACAUUACUGAGCAACAGAGCGGCACUUUGUGAGGGUGUUUCUGACCCCGUGUCGACUCCUGGGACGUGUCCCAAGAAGCGUUAACAGAUCAUCUAUGUAGAACUGUGCCCUAAGUGUCAUUAGUGGAGAGAAUAUUUUUUAAACAAAAGAUAUAAUAACCAUAUUAGCUGUACAGUAAGAAGUUUAUCUGUGCAUAGAGCAUAACGUUAAUUUUUUCAAGCAUUUAAAUACAUCUUUUGUAAGGUUUUUAAUAAAGGCAGAUGGAGUCGAGUUUAUUAAAACUUUAAAUCGAGAGGAAGGAUAUGCUAAUAGGACAUUUUAGGAAAGUUUAAAUGCAGGCGUUUGAUUUUGCAGCUUAGGAAUCGGUGGGUAAGAUCUGUGUGUGUUCUACCUGUGUUCCAAAACCCUGAGCUUGAUUUUAUUUUAGUUUGAUUGGUGUUGACUUAGCGAAUGAAUGUUGUCACUCCUAACUGUGGACAGUCAGAUUUGAGGAUGAAAUGAAACCUCUUUUGGAUCCUAGGGAACCCAGCAAAGCCCCCAUCGGUUACAGUUCCAGAUGAAGAAAUCAUUCUUUGUAGAAAACCUGAGAUAUCUUUCCCCAUCUGUACUGUGAGUCAGAAUCGACUCAAUGGCAACAGGUUUGAUUUGGUUUUGCUACUUUGCUGUAUUUGUGCCUCAACACUUUGUACAAAGCAAAUGCCAGGACUGGGCAAAGACAUGUCUUUGGGGGUUGAUGACCAGACUUCCUGGGUAAGCACUGAGCUCAAGAAUCUACCUGAGUCCCCAGUUUCACUCACUGAGCUGGCUAGGCCUCCAUAGGGAAGGAAUACUGUCAAGGUGUUUUUUGUUUUUUUUUUUUUAAUUUUGGUGUUGGUUUACUCAGGACCACAGAAGGAAAACAAACAGUAGCAGCUAAUCACAUUUUAAGUCUGUUGUUGCUUAUAAAGCAUUCUCAGGAACAAUAGGCAGAAAUAAACAAGCCAUCCAAAAGAUCUGCAUUUUUUUCCCCUGGAUUUUUUACGAAACACUGGGGAGGUGCUUUCGGUCUGAAGCCUGUAGCGUCUUUGCAGGUGGACUCUGGGACCAGGCGUGGACCAUGCAAGGUGGGCAGCUGUGGGGGUCCUGGGAAAGGAAGCUAUGCAAGGCUUAGGUCGUGGGCUGGUGGUGACCCCCAGCUUCCUCGGGCCCCUGGUUCCCCCUGGUCAGCACCAGCAAAUCACAGGGCAGGGAGAGGGAGCCUCGGCCUUGGCAGAAGGUGCUCAGGACUGUGAUGGUCUCCGUGGGCCUUUUCUGCCUGCCCAAGUACCCCAGCAGUCCCCUCGUGGAGCCCCUGCUCAAACGUUUGCAGAGACCCCCGUCAGAUCUGGUAGAAGCAGGACCUGGUCCAGGCACCGCUUUGGAGAAAACUAGAUGUCUACCAGCUGUCACGAGGCCUUUCUGUGGCACUGGAAUUUUGGUUGCAGGUAUCUGGAAAACAAGCAGAUGUUCUGGAGGAUUUGUGAAACUUCUUUUUUUUAAGGUGCACGUAAUGGGAUCCAAACUUUCCUGCAUUGGGUUCACUUGCUGAGACACACACAUGUUCUCUCAGGUUUGCUGUGGCAAAUCUUUACCUGUAGGCAUUUGAAACGUGGUGUCUGGAUGGAAACCGUUCAGUGUUGUCAUUCAGAUCCUUGGAGACUCAUGUUUUAGCCCAGGGUAUAAGUAAUGCCUG